CAAACUGAAAGUUCCUGGCGGCGUGUAACUAUGUUUUUGUUGUAUAGACCAGACAAGCCGUGAUCGAGACAAUAGCCGUCGUGUACGAACUCACGAAAAGAACUCAGGAGAAACUGUUCGCCGUUUUGGCACAAUAAUACAAAGCAUUUUUUGUGCCCCAUCAGGAGCCGGCAUACACCGAAUGCAAAUAUGGCGGACCUCUCGGCCGGCCCGGGUCUAGUUGCGCGAAAGCGAGGCCAGUGAGGCCUCAAGAGUUUUGUUUUGACUGCGCGUCUUAGCGAUUGAGUCGAUCGAUAUGGUUUGCUUCGAGUUGUUGCAUGCCUGAGGGCCACCAAAAAUAAGAUUUUACUCUAGCUGGAGUAGCCUUUACUUUCCCGAGAACUUUUCACAAAAAAGGUUAGUAUUCAUGCGAUUCGGCGCGGCGAUGGGAAGCACUUAACAGCGAAAGUAUGCUCGCUUCACUUCCUUUAGAUGAGAGGACUCACGAAAGUAUUUGAAUGAAAUAAUUUUCACAAGAGAUGGUGCUGUUCCGAGUUGUUUGCAUAGUCUGUUAUUUAUCCAACAAAAGGUAAACAUUCUCGAGAACGGGAGCAUCCGUUGUGGACUGUAAGAUCUUUUAGAUUUCACGCUGAAAACAGUUGCAUUAAACUAUAACAACAACAAUAACAAUCGCCUGUUAAUCCUACAAGCGUGGCCUGUGAAACUAUGUAAGAACCAGAAGAAAGCGACAUAUUUCAAGAACAGUCCUUGACCAAAGUGCACUGAAAAAACUAACAGAGGAACCGUUGCCAACUAAGAAAGUAAGAAGAAGGAAAAAGGUUUCUGAAUCCAUUUCUUUCUUCGUAAAGAACCUUGGCAAAGGGAAGAUAAUCAACUUUCGUCUCUGCUGGAGUUAAAUCUCCUCUUUGAUGGCUCUUAAGCACGUAACAACUCGAACGAAACCAUAUUGAUCGACUGAAUCGCUAAGACGCACAGUCAAAACAAAAACUCUCGGGGCCUCACUAGCCUCGCUUUCGUGCAACUAGACCCGGGCCGACCGAGAGAUCCGCCAUAUUUGCAUUAGGUGUAUGCGCUUGAAUUUUUGGAAAUAGUUCGGUGAGAGUCGGUACCCAGGGGCUCUUUCGCCCGUAUUUGAAAACUUUCGUCCCGCCUUUUCUUCCGACCCGAUUGACUACCCCUGGGUCUCCGAGGAUGAGACCCACGUAGAAAUUCUCCUUGGUAAACACGCGUUCCAAACUGGUCACCAUUUUUUCUGCCAAGAACAAAAUAUGUGAUUUACCCGAGAAAUGAUUUUUUUUCUUUUAAACAUAGAAAAUUUUUGAAAGUUAGGAAAUCAAUGCCACGAGAGUGAAAACGCUUUAUUAGCAACAUUCAGUGAUUGAUUUUUCUUUCCCACUUACAUAUUGCCUGUCUUACACUCUUUGCACGCUUUGCCUUUUUGAUAGUUGAUUUGUUUCUUGUGUAAUUGUCAUGUAUAGGCUAUUGUGUGAUGUUUCUUACACUUCUCACUAAAUUAUUCCCUACCAAUUAGCUCCUGUUCGCAUUACGGCAAUCAUUCCGUCCUCGGAAUACACAGUAUACGAAAACUAUACCAUAACACUUACGUGCUACAUCGAAGGCGAUCCCACACCGAGCGUAGAGUGGAGAAAAGUUGGAGGUAAGACUUCUAACUUUCUUAAGUCAUUUUAAUGCUUGUAAAUUCUCGUCCCUCUCUCCCGGCCUCUCGGAUCCGGUCGGGAUACUUCAGAUAAUAUAAUAUAUAGAUUUAGACAAAGCUAAAGUGAAGCUUCCGUUUAUAGAGCAUUUUCACAUGACGUUAUGACGGCCAUAUUGGUGUUCCAAAACAAUGAAACGGCGGCCAUGUUGAUGUACCUCUUCCUUGGGAUACCUCUAUUAAAGGGACACCUCUAUUCCGGCGACACAUGAUUUGGUCCUAAAGAAAUGUUCACAUAAUCUUUGUAUUUAUUACCUUUAUUGAAGGGACACCUCUAUUCAGGGGAAAGGGAUACUUUUUCUGGGUCCCGAAACCUGGGUUUAACCUCCAUUCAGGGGACACCUAAGUAAUCAAAAGUACGUCAAAAGUGACUCACCACAAAAAUCGUCGAUAAAAUUGUGUUCACUAGUCACCAUGGCUACGGCUUUCAAAACGUGAAUUAACUCACCUCAAUCAAUGUACUGCAGUUGUGGGAAUUCAACACAUAACAUCGCAGAGAAGUUAAUCAUAAUUUGUUAUACACUAUCUAGUUGCUUGAAAUAAUGACUGCAGCAGAUUCCAUAGUCUGCAAGAGCAGACGUCUUUUUCGGCUCUAAUCAUAGCUCAGUUGGUAGAGCAUCGCACCGGUAUCGGUUCAAACCCCGUUAAAGUUCUGAAUUUUUUUCAGGCUUCUUUACGCAAUUGCAUAAAUUGCGUUCACUGCGACGAUCAUUUCUUCAUUUUCAUUUCAUUUCCGCCGUUCAUAUAUGAUUUAUUUCAUAUAUCAUUAACACUCAUUUCUUUCACGGGAACAUAUGAACCCACAAUUGACCUGCUCCCAACGUCAGUGGCUUCAUAGCUCAGUUGGUAGAGUAUCGCACCGGUAUCGCGAGGUCACGGGUUCAAACCCCGUUGAAGUCCUGAUUUUUUCAGGCUUCUUUAUGCAAUUGCAUAAAUUGCGUUCACUGCGACGAUCAUUUCUUCAUUUUCAAUAAUAUUUUAUUUGUUGGUAAAUUCUUAACAAACCCAAGCCCAACCUCCCUUCAGGGGAUACUUGACUCAGUCCCGAGGGUGUCCCCUGACUAGAGGUUCCACUGUAACAAGCUCUAAGCCACUAAAAAAAUCUUCAAAUCCCUACUUAACUUUAGGAGCCUUUGGCAUCAAUUUACCUUUAGAGGGUGGCGUUAAAUGAUUAAGAAAAAAUAUCCCGCAAACACACGUAGAAUGAAAAACUCUCCCAGCAAGCUGAAAGUCGCAUAUUUACCGCAAAAAAAUCACUAUGCAUCAAGUUCAAUCACAGUAGUAGAAUUCGUCCAAACUACGUAUACAUCAUCAACUCCCCCCGCCACUACACCCCUUUGCGAAGUUGUAGGUCUCUUCCAGUAGUAGCAAUUUACUUGUUACAAUUCCUGGGGUCAGUAUUUCUGUCUUUAAGGCGAGAAUCAGGACCACUUUUGUGUCCCGGUAAGCUUAUUAUGUGUUUUCUUAUUGGGUGCGGACGAACAGUUAUGUGUAGCCUGUACGGCGAGGCGUUUAUUUUGUUUGAGGGCAGACAUAAUAACCUAUUCCGCUACCAACUAUAACUCGUUAACCUACUAUAAUUCUUAACCUACAGAAACUGUGCGGUACGUGUUCAGGUGUUGUGCGGUGCAUUCAUUGAGCAACGUGCGAUAGACUUUAAUACACUACAAAUUAUAAACGUUACAACAACUUAAAACUUUUUUUCGAAAAGCCGAAGAGUCUGUCGUUAAAAGAAAGGAGAACUCUUUCAUAUUUUAGAUACUUUUUUCAGCAAGGAUUGAAAAAGUAAACAAACGCAUCAAACUUCAUUCAUAAGGUAUUCAGGGCAUGAGUUAUGGGGAAAAAGUAGCACAAUGCAAAAUUAUUGAGUGGCUAGUAAUCAAUAAAAUAAUGACUAAAAAUUCAACGGAGCAUGUACUGAAUAACAACACUUCAGUUUUAUUCAAAAGGCAAUGAGUAGCCCGCCUGAACUGUUUCUAAAUUAAAAUCUCGCGAUCUGCAGUCUCAAGAACGUGUUUUGAGCUAAUGUUACCAAUGAACAAUAAACAGAUAAAUUAUUUCUUGAAAAUUUUUAAUCAAAAAACAUGUAAGUUAAUCCUUAAUUGCAAUUUGCGUAACGCUAACUGGUUCUUGAUCCGUCCACGCAAGUAAAAUCGGCUGAGAACAUGCCAAAAUGCAACAUAAAAUCAGUUUCAAUUUGGGUACAUUUUGUAGUUUUUCUUUCACGCUGAUGUCAAAAUGUACAAAACGUCUCUGAAACCUUUCUAAGUACAAAAAUUUCCUUUUAAAAACGUACUUAAUGAGGUGUCAAAUCCGUUUCUUCCCCUGCCCCUUAAAAACCACUAAACAUAUGCUCACUAGACGUCAUAACGAAGUUUUCUCGGAUCGAUAUCUCAUAGCCAUAGGCGCGCUCGCGGAGGCUCCGCUAUUGCGUAUAUAACAUUUAAACCGAGGAAAAGAGUGAACAAUAACAUCUACGCUCAUGCAAUUAACGAAAAUGUUAUCUCCUUCCAGGGUCACUUCCUUCUGCAGAUCGUCUUACCAUAAACAAAAUUUAUGAUCUGGACCAGAGGCUUUCUGGUGUGGAAUACGUGAUCGAUAGAGCGGUCCUCGAUGACGCUGGCACUUACGAGUGCUCUGCAGUAAGUCAAUACGGCUCGGCUAAAAAUCAGGUCAAGAUAAAUGUCAUGUCUGGACUUCCACCUGGCACAGUGCCUUGAUAGGUAAGAGACUGGUGUGCUUUUGAGAGGAAAUAGCUACUUUCUUAGGUAGCGGUUCCGUUAAACCUUUUUUCUUCGUUACAAUUUCAUUUGCAAUCCAACGAAACGGGAAGCAGCGCCUAUUAGGAGAAUAUGUAGAUACAUUCAUUUUUCGGUAUUUGAUGAGAAAUGUGCUUGCAAAUGAAUAUUAUAGCGUUUACAUGAAGUGACCGAGAGCUGUGGUGGUUAGAAUGAAAGUGAGUUUUACUCAUUGAUUUGUGAAAUUCUACCGGACAACAUCGUUGACCUCGAAAAGCUACCUGUUUUUUGCAUCCCUAAUUGUUUCCUAAUGUAAUAUGUCCAUUAAAUUAAGUUAUGAGAAAUUGAGUUAGGUGAAAUAAAUGAUAGUUUUGAGCUGUAAAAGCGUUUGCAACAUGAUUAACUUAAGCAAAAAAGGUUUUUUUUAGGUUGGCAUGCUGAAAUAAAUAAAUAAAUAAAUAAAUAACUUGAUUAAACUGGAAAGGAAGAUUAAUUAGUGAUAAUUUUAAGUUUUAAAGCCUGAAAUUAUUCAUUAAUGAGCUUGCUGAAUGGUUCUUGGUAUUUGGGUUUUUUAAACCCUUCAAUCGAAUUAGAUUAAAAAGUCCCUAAAUUGAAAGAAACUUUUUAUCAAGUUAUUGUACUUUUCCUUUGUCAUUUACAGAUAACCAGAAGCCUUAAUUCUUAAUUGAACCAAUAACUCACAGAACAAGUCAAGUAAUUUUAAGGAGAGAGAGUGAUGUAAUGAGUUACGAGAUACAAUUUUAUUGUGACUAUUAUAGAGACUAAUAAAUUUUUUGUGUCUAAACAAUAAAGGGCUCACUUAAUCUUCUCACCGCAGCUCAUUCAGUCUUCUCGCUGGCAGGUCAUAUGGCAGUUUCCCUUGACAUUUCUUCUUAACACAUUUUGACGUCUCUGUCCCAGGUCAGACGUCGAAAGGUUCAUGUGCCGAACCUAAUGCGUAAAUUACUGUAAUUUAUUUUCACUAGUAGACAUUGUAGACCAUUGCACUUCGUAGAAAUGAAUUGAGUUCAACGAGUUAAGUUCGAAGUCUGAAUCAGCCGUCGAAUUUACAUCAGUUGGGUCGGCCCAAAUAGGUAUUAAGUUCGGUACAUGAAAAGUUCGACGUUUGAACUGGGACUUACUUAACACGCAACAGGUUAGGGAAUCUAUUUGUCACAGUGCAGACACUCAAACCGGGACACUUGGAAUUAGAUUGUCCAAUCACAAAAGAUUCUCAAGUUUUUUUGCAAAAGGACCAAUAAAAUUAUAGUAUUCAACUAUGCAACCGUUUAAAAUUUGAAAAACGUUUAAACUGACCCGACCUCUCGGGAAACAGCCCUUAAAUUUAUAAUUGUUAUUGGUCCGUUUGCAAAAAAGUUUUUUUUUUUUUUCCUGAAAACGUUGUGAUUGGGCAAUCUUCCUCCAAGUGUACCGGUUUGAGUGUCAGUACUCUAACGAAUUUCGCUAGCUUAGCAAGCCUGCUAUCAUCAUCGUGGUCGUCAUCGUCAUCAUCAUCAGCACCAGCGUUUGUGUUCACUCUUGAAAGAGGAACCCCUGCCUGAAUCGAUCCCACAAGUGUCUGUGCUUAGCCAAUCUUGAUCAUAAGGGUCAUAAGGAUCUGUGUGGUGAGAUUGUCUCUCCAUCUUUUUUUGGACGUCCCUGUUUUCUGGUCCAAUCUCUUGGGGUCCAUUCUGUUGCUCAGAUAGCCGGGCAAUUUGACCUGUCCAUCUAGGUUUUGCUUGCUGAUAGCUGAUAGCUGCCUACUGAUAGCUUUGAUGGUGUCGCUAACGUCAGUUUCUUGACGGAUCCAGGUGUUUCGCUUUCGAUCUCGAAGGGUAAUGCCUAGCAUUAUGCGUUCCAUCUUACGCUGUGCGACUGCAAGCUUAUCCAUCAUAGCGUUGUUAAGCGCCCAUGUCUCGCAACCAUAUGUCAUUACUGGUAAAAUGUACUCGUCGUGUAUCUUCCUCUUUAUCUUCAUGCUUGCUUUGCGGCUUCUCAUGAUGUUAUCUACUUUACCAAAGGCUGCCCAACCAAGUGUGAUCCUCUUCCCAAUCUCAGGAAGCAGGUCAUCAUCUUUCGUCACCGUCUUUCCUAGGUAUACGUAACUAUCAAACUCCUUGAUGGUUUCUCCAUUAACAGUAAUUGUACACUUUUUCGCGUGCUCAUCGAACAUUACCUUGGUCUUGCCAAGAUGCAAUUGAGGCCGGCUGGUUUGCUUGUAUCAUGAAUGUCAGUGAGCAUACUGGUAAGCUCCUCUGGUGAUUUGGCAAACAAGGUGAUAUCAUUAGCGAAAAUAAGAUGGGAGAGGUAUUCAACGUCGAUGUUUAGGCCUCUACCUUUCCUGUCGAUACUCUUUGUUAUAGCAUCUUGGAGACCUGCUGUGAAAAGUUUAUUGUCACCCUGUCUUGCACCCCUCUCCAGCUUGAUUUGGCACUGUCCCUGUGGAGUUUCAGAACAGAGAUGGCUCCAUUGUAUAAGUCACGUAAGAUAGCAAUGUAAGCUUGAUCGGGUGAGAACAAAACAUGGACCAGGGGUCCAUGGACCCCCUCUUUGGACCGGGUCCAUGGACCCCCUGUCAUGGACCAGUUUUUUUUAGUUUUAUAAGGUUUUGCACCAGGUCCAUGGACACUCAAAAACAGAAAUAGUGCCAAAAAAAGAUUUGACGAGACGCUGUCGACCAAUGCUCACGAUUGAUCAGAAAUAUUCAGUUGUGCUUACAUGACGUACACUCUGCUUGCACAUGUGCAGUCGCAAGACUGUUAAAUUAAGCUAAUUCAAAAGUUAUCACCAAGGAAGGAAUUAUGCGCUCUAGUACAAAGACUCACAACACCCUUAGAAAAACAAGCUGGAGUUAAGAAUUCAUUGCUUUUAGAGCAAUCAUGACUGAGUCACAUCGCAAUUCUCCAUAGUUGAUGUAGCAUCAGUUUAAGCUACAAUUCAUGCCACUUCUUUUUCUUCGAGAUCUGGAUCUGUAAAUCACUAUCCGUGAGAAUUUAUAAUCGUCCUGCUAAAAGCACUAAGGAGCUGGGCCCAGCGUGACAAAACAUUGCAGGAAAAAGUGACAUUCAUGGACAAAACGAAAGUGGCUGCAUUAGAAUUAUUCAGAUCCAGGAUGCACUUUGGAGAACUUAAACAACCUAAAACCCUUUUGAUCAGCCACAGUGAACUACUUUACAUUUAAAAAGGGUAGAAAAUCAAUAUGUGUCACGACCUCUCAGUAUGAAAUAAGCGGCAAAAAUUCACAUUUUCGCAGUCAAAAGGUUUUCCUCCGAAGCAUAAUCUACCCAUCAGAGAAAACAAUUCAUUGGAACAAGCAGCAUUUUGGCAUGAAGUACCGACCCCCCCUAUUUUUUACACUAUGUAAGCACAAUUAAACAUUACUGAUCAAUCAAGCAUUGUUUGUUGUUGUUGUUAUUUUUUAACCUUAUUUUUGCACUAUUUCUGUUUUUGUUCAUUUCUCAUUAUUAAAAAAAAUCUGUCCAUGGACCCGGUCCAUGACAGGGGGUCCAUGGACCCGGUCCAUGAAAGUGGUCCGAGGACCCGGUCCAAAGUGGGGGACCAUGGACUUCUGGUCCAUGUUUUGUCCUCACCCAGCUUGAUCAACUCCUUGAUUCUCUAAUGCCUUGAAUGGUGCUCUGAACUCGGUGGAAUCAAAGGCCUUCUUGUGAUCUAGGAAGGCAAAACAGAGUGGGAUCUUGUACUCGUUUGCCUUCUCCAGUAGCUGGUUUUAAAACUGAACUUGAAUGUGAUCAUGCCAGUAGUAGAAAAUCCUACUCUGAAGCCUGCUUGCUCUCUUAGUUGAUGUUGUUCCAAGCUGCUUAGCGUUCUUUGAAGUAUGAUUUGUGAAAACACUUUGUACGUUACUGGUAAGAGGCUGAUCGGCCUAAAAUUCUUCAUAUCAGCUGUCUCCUUUUUUGUGGAGGAUGAUUACCGAUGCAUUCUUCCAGCUGCGCGGAACUUGACAUCUUCAAUGCAUAUGCUGAACAGCCUCGUGAACAUCUUGGCAAUAGCCCCCCCCCCCUCCCAACCUACAGAAUGCCAGCGGUAAUAUUGUCCUCCUCAGGAGCCUUAACACACUUUAGACGCUUAACUGCGUCUCUCACUUCGGAACUUUGGUAGGUUUGUUCCACAAACUUAAAAGUGUCGAUGUGUUUUUAAAAAUUAUUGCUGCAUUUGUGCUAUCAAGACCUUUUGGAAAAGUAAGAUCAUUAUUGUAUGUGUCAAGGUCGUCUGUCGUUUCUAGUUGUAGUGCCUCAAACCUGUUGGUUAGCAGUAGCUAGAAUUCCAUUGCCUUUUCAGAGAGUGCCACCUCAUUUGGCUUCUUUUGCCGUCUGGUGAGCCUGGCCCGCUCUAGCUUUGUGUUGAGGGUCAAUGUGCCGCGUACCAUGUGGUGGUCAUCGCCCGUGUUGAACCUGUUAAUAACAGAUACAUCUGUAAGAACAUGAGGUUUGUCCGUGAGGAUGUAGUCGAUCUCGUUUUUUUAUGGCCCCAUUUGGGGAGAUCCAUGUCCAACGCCUGCCGGGUGACGUCUUGAAAAAUGUGUACAUGAUUUUCAGCUGAUGCCGUUCGCAAAAUUGAUGAGGGAGUCUCCUCUGCUAUUGCCCGUGCCAAGCCCAAACGCACCUGUGCAGGACUAAGAUGGUUCACCCGAGCCAGCUUUGGCGUUGAAGUCGCCCAUAAUGAUGUUAAAAUGGGCUUUGCUAUUAGUGAUGAGGUUAUCUAUGUCCUCAUAAGCCAUACUUAUCUACUUCUUCAUCAGUAUGGCUAGUUGUUGGAAGAUAAGCCUGAAUCAUAUUUUCAUAUUUGCUAUUGAUCUUAAGGGUUAGUUGAGCCAACCUAUCACAUACGCCUUCAAAGGUCGUGACAUUUUCUGCAAUUUUCUUGUGUACUACGAAACCGACUCCCCUAUGGCAGGUGUUGCUGCCGAUGUAAUACAGAUCAUGGCCACUGCUAUUUGGAGUGCUGCAACCUUCUCUCCUCCUUCGCACUUCACUGAUUUCAACAAUAUCAAAAUUUAUCUUGGCCAGCUCAUCCUCAAACUGUAAAUUCUGUCGUCUGAGGAUAUAGUCUUGAUAAAUAAAUAUAAUAAAUAAAUAAACUUUAUUUAUAUAACGUCUAUAUCAUUAACUGUUCUUGGCGCUUUACGAUAAAAAAUGUAUUAAAACUCUAAAAAAUCUAACAGCUACAUAUAUAAGUAUGAAAAUUAAGUAAAAAUGUAUUUAUAAUUAAGAAAAAGCUUGGUGAAAUAAAUAUGUCUUUAAGUGUUUUUUGAAAGAAUGAUAUGAGUGAUAUGGCGUUAUAGGUGCAGAUGUUCAUGUUCCAUAUAGUAUAGUCUCCUAUAUACGCAUCUAUAACUUCGUUAUUUCACAGCUAUGGCGUUUACCAUUUGUUUUCCAGCUUAAUUCAGCAGAAAAAAGUUGAGCAUUUUGUUUUACUUAGAGCUUGGUUGUUUGGGGUUUGUUGCACAAUAAAAAGUUCUGAUAUUCUGGAACAAUAACCCAUAUUGUUUUGAAUCAGAGACUGUUAGCUCUCGUAAUCUUAAGAUGCU